AGGCGGUGGCUCGGGCAGCACUUCCUCAUCGACCACUCCGUCAUCCUCGACGCCCUCGACGCGGCGGCGGUGACGGACGGCGACAGGAUCCUGGAGAUCGGCCCGGGCACCGGGAACCUCACCGUGGAGCUGGUCAAAGCCGGCGCCGUGAUCACCGCGGUGGAGAAGGACAGGAACCUCGCGGAUAAACUCAGGACGCAAUACGACGGCGACGACGCCGUCACCGUGCACGAGGCCGACUUCCUCAAGUGGAACGUGGCGAGGGAAUUCGAGCACCGGGGCGUCUACCCCGGGGACGCGCACCGCGCCAAGGUGGUGGCCAACAUCCCGUACAACAUCACCACGGACAUCCUGAAGACGUUGCUGCCGAUGGGCGACACCUUCGGGGACAUGGUGUUCAUGUUCCAGGAGGAGGUUGCGCGGCGGCUGAUUCGGCAAGAUUCCGGCGCGAGCGACUACCGCCCAAUGUCCGUGCGCGUCCACUACUACUCCGAACCCUACUACAUCAGGCCGGUCACCGCGUCGUGCUUCGACCCGCCCCCGAACGUCGAGUCCUGUCUCGUGGGGUUCAGGCCCAAACCCAGGCGGGAGCUGCCGGCGCUGCGGGGCACGGAGAAGCAGUUCUUCUCAUUCGUCCAGGCGUGUUUCGCGCAGAAGAGGAAGAUGCUCAAGAACAACCUGCGCGCGGUGUGCGACGACGAGGUCAUCGCCGCGGCGCUCGAGGACCUCGGCCGGGACGAGAAGACCCGCGCGCAGCAGCUGACGAUGGACGAGUACGUCCGCCUCUUCAACUUUGUU